AUGGUGCCGUGGGAGAGCAAGCGAAGAAGAGAUAUCCAGAAUUCGAUCACAAUCACCCUUCCAUUUCGAAGGAGCGACUCGCUGAUACAAGACUUUGCAGGAGGCGGCAUUGAAAAUUUGGGACCGGUUUUCGAAGAGCAAAAGCGACCUUUCUCCAAGCUUGUCGUCAAGCAGCUUAAGAUGAGGGAGGACUAUGACCCGGACUCUACCAACUUUAUCAAUAACCCCAACGAGAUGAUGGAGGUUCUCACCCAGCAUAUCGAUAAACUCGACCGACAGGUCAAACUUGCCCGGGAGAAGUCCCAUCACCUCAAACUGGGUAUGUAA